CUCGCACUAACAUGCGCACUGACAUAAUCACAAUCGAUGGACGCCUGAAGUGUGGGAGAAGGAAAUUUUGUUCGGCUGCAAUUUUACGCGCAUUUAUUGAGAUAUUUUCACUUUAUUAGGUACUUGAGGUGACAUUUGGCACUACCCGACCUGUACAUGGUGACAACAGUUUUGGAAAGUUACGUCGUCAGUUGAUAACAUACGUACAGAAGUCGUAGCGGGAAUUGUCCGGUAGGUGGCGAUAUGAUCGUUUAGUUUACAUGUAACACGUGCGCCAUGUAAACAAAUGUUGUAUUUUAGUGUUGUGUAUUCAGUGAAACUGCUACUUAUCAAACCAUGAGUGUUGAAGUAAAAACGCCAACUAGAACACAGUUUGAGCAUGCUGAGUUUCAGUGCGGCGAGAAAACUAAUUCAGAAUUGGACUUUGUUUCGGAGGGUCAAGAACAAGGUGGCAAAUAUGAUAAUAAGAGAGAGCAAGAUAGCCAGUCCAGACCCCAAUACAUUGGAUAUCGCAAGAGAAAGCCCAGUUAUGCUAGCAGGAAUGAUUUAGCUAUUCAGCAUGGAGGACAUCGCAAGAAAAGGUUCCGCUCAGAAAGUAACAUAGUGCUUCCAACAAAGUUUUUACUGGGAGGGAAUAUCAAUGACCCAUUGAACUUAAAUAGUCUGAAUGAUGAGAGGAUAGAUAAACUUCUUAAUCAAAAAACGCCACAAUCUUCACCACUUCCAACUCCCAACCACAGGAAAGACAUAGAAGUAACAAUCCCAAUUAACAUUAACGACCCUCUAAAUUUAGACAGCAAUGAGGAUUCCUUAUCUAGUAAGAAAAAGAAAAGAAACAAGCACAAAAGAAAAAGCGAGGACACAUCUCUAAACCCAACACCACAGAAGGAAUCGGAAAAAAGAAGAGGUCUUAUGGAAGCUCUUAAGAUAGAAAUUGAUGAAACAUUUCCCACAGUGUCCACCCAACAAGAUGACUCUCCACAGAACGAAUCUUGCAAAUUGAAGUUCAAAAAACCAGAUACAAUUGUAUCCCCUGUGAUACCUCAGAUUUCUCCACGUAAUCGACGUUUUCGUCGAAGGACAUUGAGUAUGAGUGAUGCAAGGCCAGACCAUCAGCCGUCCCAAAGUGUGUCAAGGUCAAUCCUAAGGACUUCCUUAAGUCCACCCAGACAUUCGGAUAUUGAGGACAUUUUACCAUUAAAAAAGCAUAGGAAACAACAAAAUCAGAAACAUGAAAAAGCUCAUAAGAAAAAUCGCAGAAAUACAAAAUUUAUUUACGGAAAUUACAACAGAUAUUAUGGAUAUCGAAAUCCUGAAACUGAAGAAGACCAUAGACUUGGAUGCAUGAGACAGGAAUGGUUUGAGGGAAAAGAUGUGUUAGACAUAGGAUGUAAUGUAGGGCAUAUUACGUUGACAAUUGGUCAGAGAUUUUAUCCACGAAAGGCGGUAGGAAUAGACAUAGAUCACACUCUCAUUGCUGCUGCCAGGAAAAAUAUCCGGAACUACAUGUCCAAUAAAUCCACUGAUGUUCAGAAGUACCCAGUAUCCAAUCCAGUGAAUUAUGGUCCUAUAUCCGCCCCAGCUGUGUCCAACAAUUCACAGAGUCCAGCAUUCCCUGCAAAUGUGGCAUUUAUGCAGGAAAACUAUGUUUUGGAGAGUGAUGAGCUAGUGGAUUUGCAGCACGAGGAAUACGAUGUCAUUAUGGCUCUCAGCCUGACAAAAUGGAUUCAUCUGAAUUUUGGAGACAAUGGAUUGAAGCGCUUUUUUAGACGAAUCUUCAAGCACCUGCGUCCAGGAGGCAGACUAAUACUGGAGCCACAGCCCUGGUCUUCCUACAAAAAGAAAAAGAAAGUUUCUGAGGAUAUUCACAAGACAUUUCAAGGCAUCCAGAUGAAGCCCGCCCAGUUCUCUGAUUACCUUUUGUCGAGGGAAGUUGGAUUCACAACUUGUGAAGUCAUUGACAUCCCUUACAACAAAUCUAAAGGUUUCCGACGACCAAUCCAGAUGUACAGAAAACAAGAAACUGCUCACAGCAGCCCCAAACCAGAGCAGCCAACACACACAGCAACCAUGCAGACACAAAGUAGUCCCAGCCAGGAAACCUGCCAACCCAACACAGCUACUCCUGAUGGAGAGGACCAGACCCAUGCAGAUAAAAGUCACCACCAGGAAUCCAUGAACCAAACCAUGGAAAUAAACACCCAAUCAGAAAACAGCUUCCAUCCAGAGCACGGCACUGUGCCAUCCAAUGCAACCAAACCAGAUACUGCUGAGACUGAGAAAAAUUGAGAACGUUGAAAGUUAUGCGAAAUCUGAUAGAGAGGAAAUUGUGUAACAGUUAGUGCUUGUUCUGAAACAAAAUUAUGUACAUCAAUGGUGUUUUGUGCAAUACAGCUUAGUUUUGUAAGUCAGGGAGUUCAAAGUGACUUGAAAGGAUAGAUGAGAUAAUUUGUUCUUUUGAUACUGAAGAUUUAUGAAAAAUUAUGACUCUACAUGUUACGUGGCAACUAAAGACAAAAUCCUGUUCAUGAAAAGAAUGUGACUAUUGGAAUGUGUAAGACAUUUGCAUGUCAUAAUUCAUUUUGUUCUAUUUACUGUAUCGAAUACAUUUUGCUAUAAAUAUGAAAUGCAGGAAAACUAC